UUCUAGUAUUGUGUUACCAUUCAAUAAAUUAAAUCACAUCACAUCAUACUGUUUUGUUAACAUGCAGGUUUUGUUGUUUUAUUCUUUCCAAAAACCUGUUCUAUUAAAAAGACUUCAGAUUGGCAGAAAAAAUGGGUGAGGGCCAAAGAGAUCCUCUGCCCACACAUCAUUGGAGAUUCACCAUUUAGAAUUUUCUUGAAACAUACAAGACAGAAAAUUGUGCUUUGCCUCUGCUGCCACAGUUUGUAUCAUGUUUUUGAGAACUAUGAUUAUUCUGUCCCUAGGUUUGUUGCUAACAUCACCUUUUAUGUGGUAACAUACUGCCAUCUAGUGGCCAAGUUAGGUAUCGUUGUUAAUUGUCAGUAAGUUACGUUCUGUGUAGUCGGUGUGCAAACGGUAAAAGAGGGAGAAAGACGUGCUGUUUCUGUUGCUCGCGUAUGCACUUGAUACAGGACAAUCUGUGUGUCUUGCCAUUUACAAGAUGUCUGGGUUCCGACAUUUUCUCUUGAGCUUCGGUAUUUUAGGAUACGUCUUCUUCCAGGGUUUGUGGGCUUGGCAUGUAAGGAUGCCGAGGAAUAUCAAAGCAUUGUCGGGUUCCUGCCUUGUCAUCCCUUGCACCUUUGACUACUACCAAUAUCCGCCUCGCAGACCAAAUCGUGUGGUUUGGUAUCAGUACCAAAGCCACGGAUAUCCCAUAGUUCAUGACAGUUGGUACAAUGCUGAUGCCAUUAGCAUAUUUAGAGGAAAAACGCGUGUUUUUCCUCAAAACUUCAAGACGUGCAGUCUUGAAAUCGAUCCAGUGAAUCAGCAUCACCACCAACAGAAGAUUUACCCUUGGGUAGAUCCAGAGAACGUUGGGAAGACCACCUACAGAUUCUUUGAUACAACUGUGACAAUUGAAGUAGUGGACAGGGCAGAGAGCCCAACAAUUAUGAUCUCUGGAAGCAUGAAGGUUGGACAGUCUUUGACCGUGCAGUGCUCUGUUUAUCACACCUGUCCCACUUAUCCACCAACUAUGAGUGUCAACAUCCCAGGGCAAAAGCGACGUAUCACACAUGAAUCCAUGCCUGAUGGCACAUCCAGAACCACCUUGACCACCACAUUGAACAUAGAAAGGGAUCAACAAACUGUGGAGUGCUCCGCACGACACUGGGGCGGUCUCACUGCAAGAGUAACUGAAACCUUCACUGCAGAAUGCUCCUUUCUCCCCUUGACUAUCAGUCAGACUUCCGACGAAUUUCUUGAGGGACAGCCAAGAACAGUAACCUGCACUGCCUCAUUUACGUGCCCCAAAAGCAUACCAACUCUCACGUGGAACUAUGGUAACAUGCCAACCACCACUGAAAACGGCAAGAGUGGAAUCGCUGGCUGGAGGACUGUCUCCACUCUGACAUUCACAGCAUCAUCCAAUGACCACGGACGAUCCCUUACAUGCUAUGCACGAUUGAUUGGGGGGCAGAGGCUGGAAAAGAGCAUCACCUUACGUGUAAAGAGAAACAUGCUCUCUCGCGGCUGGUCUUUCACCACGCCCAACAGUAUCACUGGCAUGAGAGGCUCAUGUAUUGUCAUUCCUUGCACGUUCACCUACAGUAUCUCCCAGCCCUCAGACCUCGAAGUUGUAUGGUACUUGUACCAAAGUAAUGGGUACCCGUCUGUCUAUGAAGAAGGAAGGAAUGUUAUUAGGAAAUAUCAGAAGUUAACUAGCUUGAUUGCAUCUGUGCAGGAGAAUAAUUGUAGUCUUAAGAUCGAAAGGCUUGACAUGUCACACAACCAGGACAGACUAUACCCAUGGGUAGACAAGAACCCUAUCACCUCGUACCACAACCUGGGUCACUCGUUUUACGACAAAACCUGUCAACUUAUUGUUUCAGAUGAAGCACAGGAACCGCAGAUGAGCAUCAUUGGUAUCCCCAGGGUGGGAGAGGAGAGCACAUUAACCUGCAGUGUGCGCCAUACAUGUGCGUCUGCUCCCCCCAAACUGACCCUAAAUGGUAAACCUGCAACAGACGUAAGGGACACUCUAGUAUCUGAUUGGAUUUGGGAAAGGACUGCUGAGCAUACAUGGGCUGUAAAAGAGGAGGACCAGAGUGUGAGAUGCACUGUGAAGUACCGUGGUGGCCAGGAAGCCACAAGUGAGCUCAAGCUAAAUGUUGAAUGUCCAUAUGACCAAAUCACAAUGACUGAGCGGCUAAUCGAAGCGAGAGAGGGCGUGGCGAAGAAUGUCAUUUGUUCUGUUUCCCACAAGUGUAAGAAAGAUACACCAAGCUUUGUGUGGAAUUUUAAAGACAUGCAGAGUGCGCUCCAAACCAAACGGAUCUCUGGUAACACCUAUGAGACAUUGUCAACUCUAACCUUCAUUGGUUCUCUUGUGGACAAUCGUAAAACUCUGACGUGCACUGCUAUAUUUCUUACUGGGAAGACUUCAGACUCUGCAAUCCUUCACAUAAAAAAUAAAGCACAGGAACCACAGUUGAGCAUCCUUGGUAUCCCCAGGGUGGGCGAGGAGAGCACAAUAAAUUGCAGUGUUCGCCAUACAUGGGGCUCUGCUUUCCCAAGCCUGACCCUAUAUGGCAUACCUGGAACAGAUAUCAGCAGGAACAUUCAAGUAUCUGAUGGGAUUUGGGAAAAGACUGCUGAGCGUACUUGGGCUGUAAAGGAGGAGGACCAGAGUGUGAGGUGUACUGUGAAGUACCUUGAUGGCCAGGAAGCCACAAGCAAGCUCAAGCUAAAUGUUGAAUGUCCAUAUGACCAAAUCACAAUGACCGAGCAGGUAAUCGAGGCGACGGAGGGAGUGGCAAAGAGUGUCAUUUGUUCUGUUUCCUACAAGUGUAAGAAAAAUACACCAAGCUUUGUGUGGAAUUUUGAAGACAUGCAGAGUUCGCUCCAAACCAAACAGAUCUCCGGCAACACCACCUAUGAGACAGUGUCAAAUCUAACCUUUAUUGGUUCUCUUGGGGACAAUGGUGAGCCUCUGACCUGCACUGCUAGAUUUCUUACUGGGAAGACUUCAAAAUCUGCAAUCCUUCUUGUAAAAAAAUAUGUGAGACCAAUUGAUCCAUAUGAAAAUGACAGACUCUACGUUCAGGAUGCUACCGUCCCUUUCAAAUUCAAUGCACUGACCCGCUCCUGCGUGGUGAUUCCCUGCAGCGUCCCGUACCAAGAAGUGCAUUACACACGUGGCAUCUGGUCCAAAAAGACUGGGGAUACCAUCUACCAUAAUGCCCAGAGCAAAGUGAUUGACCAUUUCAAGGGCCGCACCAAAAUAACUGGAGAUCUGACAAACGGAGACUGCUCGUUAGAGAUUGAUGACAUCAAGCCUUUUGACAACGGGCCCUUUUGUUUCUAUGCAGAGAUAGGACAUGAGAGACACAAGUUUAACAAUAGCUGUGUGUUUAUUGUUAUGAAAGCAUCCCCAGAAAAACCUGUGAUGACCCCAGUUCCAGCAGAAGUGGAUGCAGGCUUUACAAUUAAUGUCUCGUGCUCUGUGAUCCACACAUGUGUGUCACAUCCUCCAGUGUUCUCAUGGAGUGUCCCCAUCAUCACCAGCAAGGUCAAAAACACCAUGAUGACAAUGGGCGUGUGGGAGAUGACAUCCACAAUCACUUUCAUCGCUGCUGGAGGAGACGGAGUCAUAAACCUUACCUGUACCGCCAUCUCCUGGCGUGACAAGCAACGAGCUAGCACAGUCCAGCUGACUGUGAAGGGAUCAAGCUCUUGGCCAGUGGUUGUUGCAGUGUCAGCUCUAUCCCUGAUUGUAAUCAUCAUAGCUGCAGUGAUUGGAGUCGUCUUCUUUAGGAGAAGAAGGCGUCCCAACAACUCACUGACAACACCGCCUCGUCCUGAGAAAAGGAGAUCUCUAUGGGAUAGGGUAUCCAGGAGAAACCCUGAGAACAGGGAUAGACCUCCCAGGCCGGAAAAAAGGGGGUCCAUUUGGAGACGAUUUUCUCGAAACAAAGGCAACACGGCGAACCACAGUGUUGGCUAUUUAAACAACAGCACCAGUGUGAGCUGGGACUUCAAACAACGCUGUCCAUCUCCAAAGGAUAACCGGAGACCUCUUCAUUCUGGCAGGCCUUAAAACAAGGGUGACAAUGAGUAUGGCAACUGUUGAGUUCUUCAACAAAUCGAGGAAGAAAUCUUGUGUUCUUCCAGGAUUUUGUUGCUGUUUUAUUUUACAUUCAUAAGUAUUCUUUGCAGUAUAUAUAACUUUUUACAUUAUGUUUGUUUUUUUACUUCAUUUAGAGAAAGUGUAUCCGCUGGCAAUUAACUGAAUUUGUACAUCAGGUAAAUAAUAACAAUAAAAACUAUUUGCCAAGUUGCA